CCGAGGCUGGAUUCGGGUGCAACACCCCCGGGGCACUGUUCCGAGGGGGUGCGGAGGGGGGUGACGGGUCCAGGUCCCAGCGGGGCCGGCCGGGGGGUGCCGGGUCCCCACCAAGGGUUAACACCGGGACGGGGCGGGGGGGGGCGGCUCCUCCCGCCGCUGCCGCCGGCCCCGGGAGAUAUUGUCAUGCAAAACCCGGGCGAGCGGCGAGCGCCGCUUUGUGCGCUGCCCCCCCGCCGCCGCCGCUAUAUCUACGGGCCGAGGCGGACCGGGGCGGGCCGGGGCGGCCGAUGGAGGGGGCGGGCCGGGGGCCGGCGGGCCGGAGGCGGCGGUGACGGGCGGCCGGGAGCCGAGCCCGCUCCGUGCUCGCCAUGGACUACUCCUACCUCAACUCCUACGAUUCCUGCGUGGCCGCGAUGGAGGCGUCCGCGUACGAGUUCAGCCCCUGCAGCCAGGCCGGCUCCUUCCAGUACGGACCCGUCCGAGGAGGGUUCGGCCCCGCCGCCGCCUGCGCCCCGCUCGGCCCCGGGAGCUGCGCCCUGGGAGCGCUGCGGGACCCGCAACCCGCUCCCUACCCCGCAGUCCCCUACAAGUUCUUCUCGGAGGCGCAGGGCCUGAACGAGAAGCGGAAGCAGCGCCGGAUCCGCACCACCUUCACCAGCUCCCAGCUCAAGGAGCUCGAGCGCGUCUUCGCCGAGACCCAUUACCCCGACAUCUACACCCGCGAGGAGCUGGCGCUCAAGAUCGACCUCACCGAGGCCCGGGUGCAGGUGUGGUUCCAGAACCGCCGCGCCAAGUUCCGCAAGCAGGAGCGGGCGGCGAGCGCCAAGGGCGGCGGCGGCGCGGGGGGGAAGAAGCCGGAGCCGCGCUCGCCCUCCGAGGACGAGGACUCCAAGGAGUCCACGAGCAGCCCCGCUCCCGACAGCACCGCGUCCCUGCCCGCGCCCGCCAGCCCCGGCCCCGCGCCCGCCCCGCACGGCCUCAAGGCUCCGGCGUGGGCCGCGGCGGGCGCGGAGCUGCUCAAGGGCUGGCAGCAGCCCCCGGAGCCCGCACCCGGGCCCUUCUCCGGCGUCCUCGGCUCCUUCCAUCGGAAGCCGAGCGGGCUCAAGGCCAACCUCUUCUGAUGGGGCCCCGGAGCGCCCCGCU